AUGACCAAAGAUCUGAUGCUGACUGUUCUCAAAACUGGAAAAACUGCGAAGGAUUUAUGGAAUCAUCUCAAACGUCUCUUCCAAGACAACAAAGGAAACCGCGCUGCCAGCCUUGAAAGUAAGUUUGUAAAUCUAAAAUUUAUUGACUGUAACAACGUUGAUGAUUAUUGUGAUAAGCUACAGGCACUCUCCAAUCGAUUGAGUGACCUCGAGUUUCCAAUGGAUGAAAAACGACUAGUUAUCCAGCUUGUCAAUGGACUUCCGGAGGAAUAUAAUACUGUUGCCUCCUUCAUUCAACAAUCGAUGCCAUCGUUUGACACUGCUCGAUCUCAACUACGCACCGAAGAUAUUCGCCGUGAACAUCAAUCCACAUCAAAUACCCAUGCUGCCCUUGCUGCCGGAACACCGCACACCUCCCAUCACCUUCCUGUUGCUGCACAUCGUCAUCAACAAAGUCCGUUCUUCUCUACAGAAAAAUCACCUCACUCCCUGGAUCGCACAGAGCCGUUGCUUCCCAACCCAACAGGCCCACUGCUUUCUCACCAGCAGCCCACUACUGGAUCGAACAGAAUCCCACUACUUCCCAACCCAGCAAGCCCAUUUCCUCCUUACCCACACUGGGCUUCUCCCUGGAAUGCUGCUCCACCUGCCAACCGCGGACGAGGCCGCCAGAACCGUGGUAGAGGACGGGGUCGUGGCCGCCAUCCAACAGCCGGCCGAUCACCGCAAGCCUACAUUGUUCCGACCACAGACUAUCUACAACCGUCAGAUAUCGCCGAAGUCUACAGCUCUAUGAGCAUUCGGACACCCGAUGAUGAUUUCUAUAUGGACACCGGAGCAACCUCACACAUCACCUCGGAUCCAGGUACAUUACAAAAAGUUUUUAAUUCUAGUAAUGUUCGUUCUAUCUUGGUGGGAAAUGGCAAUAGCAUUCCGGACUUGAGUUCGAGGAAGACUAUUCUCCGAUGUGAUAGUUCUGGGGAGCUCUAUCCCAUCACCACCUCCGCCGUGCAAUCCUCUUUUUCGCCACCACCUCACCAAUAUUCUCUUGCCGUAUGCUCACCUACCAUUUGGCAUAGUCGCCUCGGCCACCCUGGCAAAGCUGUCCUCGAUGCUUUACGCACAAAAUCUUUUAUUCAAUGUAAUAAGGAAAUCUGA